GGCCCCCACAGGCUUCCCUGAGUCCCGCCUUCUGUCAUUUGGGGCUCCGCCUCCGAGUCUUUAAGCUCCGCCCCUAGAACCUGGGCACCUGGGCUCCCUUGCCAACCUGGCCCGCCCCCCGGGACCAGAUCUCCUAGGCCUGAAAACCCUGGGCCUCUCAGGCCUGAUCCUUGUCCUUCCUACCCUCCCUUCGUUCCCUGGGGCUGCGUGUCAGUGGGCGGUGAGGCAGCACCUCUGGCUUGCCUCUUGCGGGUUGCCCCAUGAGGGAAAGUGGUCUAGGGAAGAGGGUACUGUGAACAGGGAGGUGGGCAGGACCACAGAUGGAGGCUUUUAUCCCCGCAGUCUCCGAUAGGGCUCUGCUGUACUGCACCUGAGGAUAGCAGGCAUGAAGGAAAGUGUCAGUGAAAUGUCGGCCUGGCUUCAUAAGUAAGCCUAGGAGGCCCCAUCCUGAAAUCCCUGUUACUUGGGCUCAUUGGACAGAUGCUGACUCCAAGGCCUGAAUUGGCCUGAUUCUAUUCCUGUUGUGUGGGCUCCUCUCCAUAACCUCCACCCAACUUGGUGUCAAGUACACUCAGCAGGACCUGUGCCUGUGCAGCCCUGCUGCCCUCUGAUCACAGGUUGUGGUCUCCCCCUACCCGGCGCUUGUCCCAUUUUGGACUCUGCCCCCAGUAAACAGGUCAGUGAGAAGCAGGCAGCCAGGACCCUUGCCAUGGUGGAAUGUUCCAGAAAGCUGAGUCUGAUCUGGUUUACAUUCAGAACAGACUGGAAUAUGAAAUCAAGACUAAUCAUCCUGAUUCAGCUGGCGAGUAACUGGCCUUCCUUUUUGGCUGCUGCUUUAGCCAGAGCCACAUCAGAUGAAGUCCUCCAGAGUGAUCUUUCUGCACUUUAUAUCCCAAAGGAAACAGAUGGCACAGAAGGGACUGUGGUAGUGAGAGAUGAGAGGAUAUAUAAAUGGACAACGACCAGACCGUAUAUGAAGACAGAACUCUGACCUACAAUCUCUUCAGCAACGAGCCUGGAAAUCCAAAUUAUAAUCUUGGCAUCAGUCACCCCAGGACAGUGAGGAUUUCAUUAAUGACUACCAGCUUCCCUAUUUUUGUGCCCCAACCCCUACAUCCUUUGAACUUAGGGCCAACCAAAGACAGCCAACUAUGUUUCCUGAAUUAAUUCCCAAGAUACUCUGCUUUUAGAUAGUUGGCCUUCAACUUCCCCAUGCCAACAACCUCCAAUCAAAACACACCUUAGUGUCUUUUACUUUUUUGCUAUAAAACUUACCUAACUCCUUUUUGAGUCUGCUUAAUGAAAGUGACAUUGGCUGGCUUCCUUGUUAUCGCAAGAUUUGAAUAAAUGAAUUACGCUGGUUCUCA